CCGAAGGGAGGAUCAACAAGGAUGAAGACUCCAUCUGGUUUCACACUGCGGAAGUCCAAGACAGCGGCUUUUACACCUGCGUCUUAAGGCAAAGUACAUGCAGUGUUUGACUAAUCGGAUGGUGCUCUUCGGCGGUCCCAGCUGCCUGCGUUUGCAAACCCUCUUGGUGAACUUAUUCUUACCCCGACCUUCUCAACCGCCUGACCUUUCGGUUCUGUCAUCAAGGGAAUCCAUAAUCAUUUGAGCUAAGUUAUUAUUAAUAACUCUUCCAGGAGCAUGGAUUCUAGAGAUAACUGAGUGGAAAGGCACGGGCACCGGGACCACCGUCUUGUUCAUCUUCGAAUCGAACCUGGCCGCGGCCAUCUUUCUGCUCCUCGGUUGCCCACACAGGGGGGGGGGGGGCGGGGCAGGGGAGGAAGUUGCAAGGCAUUGCUAGACGAAAUAAGGAACUUUCUCCUGAGAACCAAGGUCAUCUCUACGGGCAACCGAAACUCAACAUAUUGCAUGAAAGUAUCCAUGUCCUUGACGGUUGCCGAAAAUGAACUUGGACUUUGUUACAACAGCACAAUUCGUUACUUGGAAAAAUCAGAAAUCACCAGGACCAAAGUCAUUUCCUGCCCGGAUACCGAGGAUUACAAAACGGGCAAGCAAGAACAGGAUAUAAUCUGGUAUAAGGAGUGCAAGCCCAAAUUGUGGAGAAGUGUGGUUGUUCAGAAAGAGAACACGCUUUUAAUAGAAGACGUGCAGGAGGAAGACGGUGGAAACUACACCUGUGAGCUGAAGUUCGAAGGGAAGCUGAUCAGACGCACCACUGAACUCAAAGUUACAGCUUUAGUCACCAACAGACCACCUCAGCCGUUGUAUCCAGUGGAGAAUCAGACAAGUCUUCUCGAAGUCCAGUUGGGUCAGCCCCUCAACGUUGUUUGCAAAGCCUUUUUCGGCUUCAGUGGUGAGUCUGGCCCCAUGAUCUACUGGACGAGAGGGGAGAAAUUCAUCGAAGAGCUGGAAAACCAUGUGAAAGAAGGCGAAAUCAGGCUCCUCAAAGAACACCUUGGAGAAAAAAUCGUGGAGUUAACAUUAAUCUUUGACAUUGUGAAGGAAGCAGACCUGGCCAAUUACACCUGCCACGUGGAGAACAGGAAUGGGAAGAAGCAGGCGAGCAUCAUUCUGAGAAAACGAGAUCUGAUCUCCAGAAUCGAACUUGCUGGAGGUUUGGGAGCAAUAUUUCUCUUACUGGUGAUACUCGUCACCAUCUAUAAGUGCUACAACAUAGAGCUGAUGCUGUGCUACAGGCAGAUGUUUGGAGGCGAUGAAGCCACGGAUGACAACAAAGAAUACGACGCCUACCUGUCGUACACAAAAGUCGAUCCCGACGCAUUGGACCGGGACAACCGGGAGGAAGAGCAGUUUGUCCUUGAAAUCUUGCCAGAUGUGCUGGAAAAGCAAUAUGGAUAUAAGCUCUUCAUACCAGACCGGGACCUGAUCCCAACCGGGACCUAUCUAGAAGACCUUGCCCGAUGUGUAGAACAAAGCCGCCGUCUCCUGAUCGUCCUCACCCCGGAUUACGUACUCCGACGCGGGUGGAGCAUUUUCGAGAUGGAGAACCGGCUCCACAACCUGCUCCUCAGCGGCGAGAUCAAAGUCAUUUUCAUCGAGUGCCCCCACCUGAAAGGGAAAGUCAACUACCAAGAAGUGGAAGCCUUGAAGCACAGCAUCAAACUCUUCUCGGUCGUCCCGUGGAAAGGACCCCCAAGCAACAAGCUGCAUUCUAAAUUUUGGAAACGUUUGCUCUACGAGAUGCCAGCCAAGAAGAAAGAGGUGAUCUCGCGGCGCCAAGUCCUGGAUUCCGCCGAGCAGGGCCUCUUCGGGGACCUGCAAACAGUGCCUUCCAUCGCGGUGACGGAUACUUCGGCUACUUUGGUGUCCUCUCAGGCGGACUUGGGCAAUUAUCAGCCCGCCAGCGCGGCCCAGAUGAGACAUUACUGCAGAGGUUACGAGUACAACGUGCAGUGCGCCACCCUCCCGCUCUCUGCCCUGAGCAGUAACCACCACACGUACUGCAAUAUACCCCUGACGCUCCUCAACGGGCAGCUGAGCAGCAGCGUGAAGGAUGUGCAGGACUUCCACAGAAACCCCCCUUUGCUCCCCUUGUCCAGCAGAGAACUGAGCUUCACCAGCGAUAUAUGGUAGCAAAGAUCCAGACUUCUUUUAGACCGGCUUCGCAAUGAGCCAGAAUUCCUUAAAAUGAAAAACGGAGAGAAAAAUUACCUUCAAAAACCGACGUCAUCAGGUGCCAAACUCUUUUUGCCAAGUCACAAAGUAACUCGCUUUUAUACUUGAACCUCUCUUUGUUUACAUUUACAAAAUUGUUAACAAGGGGGAUGGGGGGGAAGCUACUUUUUUAGCCAAGUUCUGAGUUUCCUGCCUUUUAAAUGUACAGAAUGGUUUGUGCUUUAUGAGAGAGAGAGAGAGAGAGGGAGAGAGAGAGAGAGAGAGAGAGAGAGAGGGAGAGAGAGAGAGAGAAUGAGAAAGGGGGGAUAUGGGAUCGAAUAGUAUUUUGAAGUAAGUUGACAAUGAGUUGACUUCAGAUGCUACAUACUAUAGAGUAAGACUCCAUAUUUAUAUAUAUAUACAUAUCUAUCUAUCUCUCUAUAUAUAUUAGUACUUCAGAAGUUUAAAUGGUUUUUUUUUUAAAUAGAAAGAACUUAGGAACCAUACCCGUCAUACGUGUGAAACACAAGUAGUAACAAACAAGAAAUGUCAGUCUCGCAUUUCGAAUUGUGCUAAAGGACCAUUCCCAUCCAGGUUGCCCUGCAGAUCUUUCCAACAGGAUUAACAAGCACCGUGUUGUUAUGGCCGAUGGACCACGCAAAGCCAGAUGCUGACCUCUGGUUUUGGCUCUGCAAUCCCCACGGCUGGAAAAGAUUCCCGUCCACUCAACAAUUCUUUGUCGUUUUGUUCUCCGACUAAUACUUCAUCGUUUGUGACGGUCGCCAUUGUGUUUCUCCAAUCCUUUAGGAAGUUGACUGCCCUUUAAUUUUCUGUAAAUUCUUGGGAAAACGUGCAUUCAUUCUGGCUUUCCGGGUGUCUUAGGAACUUCCUGUUGCAUUUGACGUGCUGAGGAUUGCAACGUUGUUAAAACAGUUUGCAGAUUUGAACGUUUUCUAACCUUCUCAGCUCGCAUACUAAAUGGUCAUAUACGUAUCUGCACAGGGUUGUUAUUAUUUUGGGUUUCUUUUUUCUUUCCAGGUAAAAAAGUAUAACGGUUUAAUGGCGUUUGAUAGAAAAAAUGCCAGCCCAGAAAAGAGAGAAAGGAAUAAAACAAAACACACACACAUACACACAAACACAAAAACACACAAAAAGCACAGCAAUACUCACCAACAAAAGUGUUGAAUUGCUUUGGUUACCAGUCAUAAUAACAUUUGCAUCGAUAAUCAUCGAAAAACGGCAGUAAGCAUUUACUCUAAUAAAAGGUUACUCAAGA